UAGCGGCUGAGGUAGUACGAUGGCGGAACCGCUGAGGAGGCGAGGUCGGAGGCUCCGAGGCGGCCGGGUCGGCCGAGGGGCUCGGGGGACGCGGGGUGGUCGAGGUCGGCCUCCCGACGUCCAGCGGCCUCCGGUCCGGCAUACUCUGGACCCAGUGUUUGUGGACUUGGUCAGCGACAGCGAUGAGGAGCCGGCGGGGGUCUCGGCGGAGCCGGUGGCGGUCCCGCCCCGCGGACCCGCAGAGCCCCCGGGGCCGGCCGCACGCCGACCCGACAGCGACAGUGACAGCGAGGGCUCCGGCCCUCGGACAGUGGUCCGGCGGCGGCGGCGGCUGCUGCUGGACCCCGGGGAGGCGCCCGUGGUUCCCGUGUACUCCGGGAAGGUACAAAGUAGCUUCAACCUCAUCCCAGAUGAUGCCUCCCUCCUGAAACUCUACCCUGCAGGGGCGGAAGAAGAAACAGAUAUGGCAGAUUUUACCAGUCCUCCUCACUCUGAGGAACUUCCGGUUCCAAGCUCUUCCUGGAAGAGUAAGCUGAGGAGUAAGAAUGAGAAAGAAGAGAAGGCAGCGAAGGUGGUUCUGGUUCAGGACUCGUCUCCGUCCCCCCCACCUCUACCAAGGAACAAAAGCAGAAAGCAUACUCGGGCACUUCAGAAGCUAAGGGAGGUGAACAAGCGUCUCCGGGAUCUCCAGUCCUGCCUGAGCCCCAAGCAGUCCCAGAGCCACGAGCACCUGAACCAAGAUGAUGAAGUGGUUUUGGUGGAGGGGCCGGUCCUGCCGGAGAACCCCAGGAUCUUCCGGCUCAAAAUCCGCUGUCGGGCCGAGGUGGUCAGAUUGCCCAUCAAAAUGUCGGAACCCCUGCAGAGAGUGGUGGACCACAUGGCUGCCCAUCUCAGGGUGUCCCCAAGCAGGAUCCUCUUGCUCUUUGGAGAGACAGAACUGUCCCCAACUGCCACUCCCAGGUCCCUAAAGCUUGGAGUGGCUGACAUCAUCGACUGUGUGGUCCUGGCAAGUCCUCUGGAGACCGCAGAGACAUCCCAAGAGCUUCAGCUCCACGUGCAGGGGAAGGAGAAACACCAGAAGCUUGAGAUCUCACUGGCUCAAGAUUCUCCUCUCCAGACCCUCAUGUCACGCUACGAGGAGGCCAUGGGACUCUCUGGACACAAGCUCUCCUUCUUCUAUGAUGGAACAAAGCUGUCAGGCAAAGAGCUACCGGCGGAUCUGGGCAUGGAAUCUGGGGACCUCAUCGAGGUCUGGGGCUGAAAACCCCUUCCAUGGUUAGAGGCUUCGCUGGACUUGGGGAGAAUGUCUCCCACUUUUUGUUAUUUUAUUUUUUUUUUUUUACUUUUGGCCCCAUAAGGGCUAGCAGAAAUUAAAACAGAACUUAUCUUUAAGCAGAAACAAAACCAGUGACUUUGGCCCUGUCUCCUGUUCACCCUGAUCCAAGCCAUUAGCCACUUACUGGUCACUGGAAAGUGGUUGUGGCUGCCAUGGUGGCCCGUGGCUCCAUGCACAUGUGCUGAACUUUGCAGUUCCAGAAUAUGGAGGCGUCGUCUCCCCUAGCCCUACUCUUUCACCACCUCUUCACCUGUUGCUGUGGCAAAAUGUCCGUUCUGGGAACCUUCCUUUGUAGCUGGAGAGGUAGUUGGAAUAAAUGAGGGCCUGGGGUCAACAUCACGUGCAGCACCAACAUGGCUCUGUUGUUACCUGGGGCCCAGUGUGAAGUUUGCUUGGGUAGGAGCAUGGCCUGCAGAGAAAGAACACUGCAGACAGAGAAGAUGAGCCAGCUCGCAGGGCCACAGAGGCCGAGGUUCAAGUAUGAAGAAGGGUACCGGAAGUUCAGUGUCAGCUUGGCCCCUCCCUUGUCCCUCCAUGGCCCUGCCCCUCUGGAUCACACUUCCUGGUAUGCACACUGGAGCUACAGCUAGCUGCACACAGCCAUUUUGUUUUGGCUCUUAAGAAUAACAGUUCCGUGCAAAGGAUUCUCUGCUGUUACGGGUUUUUCUAUUUUCCUCAUGCUGUCCCCUCCUAGAAACACCCCAUUUAAUAUGUUUAUUUUGCACCUUUUAAGAUAAAAUAUCGCUAUAAAUAUUUUCCCAGUGACUGUUUUUUCACUGUGUAUCCGUGGUAUUGUGCAGCAGAUUUACUGGCCCGGCUGUGUGUAUGAAGAUCUAGCCCCUAGGUCUUUGCUCUGAGAUCAUUGCUGACCCAGUGGCUUCAGGUGGAUUUUACUCACAUGUUGCCUUAAGUAGGAGGUACCUGGCUACCUCCAUCUCCUCUGCACUGAAUCCAAGGCCAUGAUAAACAUCCUUUUCUAUGGCCCUUUCUGAGCCUGAGUAGAGCCUUCUCUAGCCUAUGUACACAGGGUGCGAGUAUGGGCCCUACAGUUAAUUCCUCUGGCUUUGCAGGUUUUUCUUCCGAGUGUAGCUUGGCCUCCCACUUGGGGCUUUCCUUUCUGUCCUCACCAGUACCGGGCAUGGCCUGACAGUCUGUGUUUGCCAGUGUAACAGGUAUAAAGUGGCACCAUGUUUUAAUGGGCGUUCUUCUGGUCAUGGCUGGUCUGGGGAUUUUCAUACCCCUGCUCCUCCCCUCUUUGUGUUCUCUACCUGUGAACUGCUCUUUCUCU